AUGCCUCCCCCUUUUUUCUGGGACUGACACACACACAGGCCAUGCCUCCUUUUCAGGGACUGCCCCACACACACAGGACACACCCACUUUUCUGGGACAGACAGACAGACAGACACAAAGACCACACCUCCUUUUUUUUCCUGGGACUGCCACACACACAGGCCACACCCACUUUUCUGAGACAGACAGACAGACACAAAGACCACACCUCCUCCUUUCCAGGGCCUGAUGGACACCAAGACCUUGUUUUUCCUGGAACUGUCACACAAAGGCCACACCUCCUUCACUGAGUCUGAAGCAUAAAGAGGAUGCAGAGAGGAAGAACCCAAUGUGAACACAUCCACAAAGCUGGGCUUUUUAUAGCCACUAGGUGGCACUAAGAUGCGCUUUAUCCAGCUGAAUAACCGGAGCUCUGAUUGACGCACACUGUUCUUCACUCUCCUAUACACCAUACAGUAGUGUUAUUAAGGUCUUUAUGAAGUUUUGCAUGCCUGUGUGGCUGUACAUGUGACUGCUGGAUACCAGAGCUGCUGUUGUGCAGGGGACAGGAUCCUGAGUGCGGGUUGUCCUCUCUCUCUCUCUCUCCCUCUCUCUCUCUCUCCCUCUCUCUCCUGCAUCAUCCUGCACCAGCUUUCUGCAGGCCCUGAAAGUGCCGCUCUGAGAUUUUUUGCAUAAUAACCAGUAACAGCAUGGGGAUUGAGAGUCAAGCCCCGGCCCAGCCUGCAGUCAACCUGACCCCCAGACAGGUGAAGACUUUCCAGAAGGUGGAACCAAAAGCUUUAGGGUCGAUCCAGAUCGUCAUCGCUGUUUUGUGUCUGUGCCUGAGUGUCUCCGUGCUUCAGAUCUACUACGAAGUUCACUUCACCCCCGACCUCAUCGUAGUGGUCGUGAUCGUCGUGCAGAUUCUUGCCUCCGGUUCAAUCCUGAUCCAUGCUGGGAGGUUCCCUUCUCUUUUCUGGGUAAAGGCAACUCUGGCCAUUCAUCUUGUGAGUGCUGCAUUCACCACAGCCGCUCUGGGCCUCCUGUCUCGCCACCUUCCCUACAGACAGGACUCGUAUCACUGCGAGCACUGCAGGAGACUGGAGAUCUAUGCUGUGCAACAACAUUGUUUCAAGAAAUGCACUUAUACGAUCGAAAGAACCUGUAAACUCUUGAUUGACGGCUUGUUGGCUACGUUGGUGCUGUUCCUGGUGGUGGAACUGAUCGUCUGCAUCGUCACCAUUUUGUUUGGACUCAGCGUUCUGGCUAAAGGAGGCCUGCAUCUGCCCGGUGUGGUUCAGCGUAUUGAACGUCCUCCAGCACGUCCAGCUCCACCUCAGCCAGAGAUCGCACCUCCUCAGGUGGAGGUGGUGGAGGAGGUGAUGGUGCCCGAGGCUGCACGUGAACCUUUUCCUCAGCCGGUAGAGGAAGCUUCUACUCCUCCCACUGAACCUCAGGUCGAGCCCAUUGACUCUAUAGCGGAGGUCUGAGCCAGGGUCAUGUGACCACUUUCCCACCGCAAAUAGGAGCUUUAUUCAUUCAGAUGGUUUCUCCGAGCAGAAAGUAUCGUGAUUGGUUUAGUUCGGCGGCUAGUCAGUUUCUGCUCUCAGAACAUAUUUCAAUAACUAAAACUCCUAUAUGCUUUUCCACCAAUCAGAGACGAGAGCAAAUAUCCGAGGCCAAAAAUGAAAUGUAUACAAUUUACAUUAGCCUCAUAGCUCUGUUUUUAGCCAAACUGAUCAUUAUGAAAGUCAUGUUAAGUGAAUAAUGAUAUUAGAGCCAGUUUUCCCCAAAGCAUCUAGACUUUUAGAAGACAUUAAAUAGAGUUUAUACCACAGUGCCGUUUAAUUCUCGAAACUGAUUGGUCAGAAGGUGCUGAUUAAUUUUCUGUGACAGCAGUUCAGACAGUAGUUCCCACUGCAAGGUAAAUCGCAAGUUUAUAUCAAUUCACUUCUUCCAAAAUGUUAUUGUUUCUAUAGUAACAACUAUUUAUGGAAGGAGUCUCCAGUGUUAGCCCUUUGUAAAGCAGCAACAUUAUGUUUUACCAAUUUCUCGGUAAUGUGACAAGCUGCAUUUCCUGUCUUAUUAACUUCAGGAGAGUGAAAAAAGCUGGUGAGGGAACUGUUUAUAGCUGCUUAAGUGGUAACAGGAACUAACUCGUUUCUUGUUUCAUGGACAUUCCACAUAACAAAAAAUGGAUAAAAAGUACUUUGUGUCAUUUUUAAGUAAUAAUGCUGUGGUAUAAGAGGAAUAAAACAUUUCAGGCAUGCUGUUACAGGAAAAUAAUCAAAUUCAGGGUAGCAACAGUGACUCCUCUUCAUCACAUUACCCCGUCGUUGAUUAUUUUCCUAUAACAGUACACCCCCGAGUGUUUUAUUCCUUACUUACAUGACAUUUCAUAAUGUGUUUCAGUACUUUUUGGAGGCUGUAUCCUGAACUACAAACAGAAAUCUGUACACUAAUGUCAGUAUAUACCAGUACAUAUUGUAAGAUAUACAAAGUUUGUUUGUUUUUUUAUUUUGCCUAAAAUGUCAUUUUGUUAUAAUACAUGUAGGUUUUUGACUUUGUUCCACGUUAACACUUGCACUAUAGAGCGGAUGAAUGUGAUUAGCUGUGAUUAGCUGUUAACCGAUAUAACCGUGUCACACUAACACUUUGGACCUUGUGUUCUCUGCCUGGAGAAGAUUCCUCUAUACACCUUUAGUACACUACAUGGACAGCACUUUCUAGUGCACUUCUUUUAAACAGGGAUCUCCAUGAACAAAGACUUGAAAAUCUGGGAAAGACCUGAUUUUGGUCAUGAUGUAACUGAAGCAUCUCCUUCACUAAACAUGAGCUUGAUGAACA